AGAAUCCGUAAUUUGGCGUCUUGCAUCACAUGAGUCUGUACAUACGAGUCCUGAAGCGGCGGAACUACGAGGCAUGAUUUUCCGAGCACAGGCAGCUUUUUCACCGCUUAUAGACAGACACACGCAAGACUAGCGUACAAACGACCAGUUUUAGACGUUUUUUGCUCAUUUUUAAACGCAUUCUGCUAAUUUUCUCCAAUAUAAACGCAUCUGUUAGCUUUAGCCAGGUAGCUUGUAGCUGGAAAUUGGGCAAGUAUGAUCAGCCUGGCAGUGGAUUAAUCGCUGAAAUUGGCCUAUUCCAACAGAAGAUUUAUUUUUCGUAUGUGAAACCGCAAUGUCACACACUGUAGUAAAGAUAACCUGUUGUUUUUGUUAUUCUAAAGGCAGAGCUAUCUGAAGUUGAUGUAGGUUUUGCAAAGCUGAACAACAAAAUCCAGGAAAACUGGAGAUCAUAGCCAGGAAAUCUGUUCAGGAGACCAGACUAAAGACCUUUCUACCUUCAAAUUGAUCAGUUUAGACCAAAACAAGACCGAACAAAGAAAAUAUCCAUCCAAAGGCUUUUCAUAUCAUCUACAGAGAAAGAAUAAAGCACAAAAACAGGCUGAUAUGAUGUUUCCACAAGCCAGGCACUCGGCUUCGUCUCAAUCAGCACAGGCGCUCAAAUUCACCACAUCAGACUCUUGUGAUCGCAUCAAAGACGAGUUUCAGUUCCUGCAGGCACAGUAUCACAGUCUGAAGUUGGAAUGUGAUAAACUGGCGAGUGAGAAAUCUGAAAUGCAGCGUCAUUACAUAAUGUAUUAUGAGAUGUCAUAUGGACUCAACAUUGAAAUGCACAAACAGGCGGAGAUUGUGAAGAGAUUGAACGGAAUCUGUGCUCAGGUGUUGCCCUACCUGUCUCAAGAGCACCAGCAGCAGGUCCUGGGGGCGAUUGAGCGAGCCAAACAGGUCACUCCUCCCGAGAUGAACUCAAUUAUUCGGCAGCUUCAGGUUCACCAGCUCUCUCAGCUUCAGGGUUUGGCGUUACCCAUGACCCCUCUGCCCCUGGGCUUGACUCAGCCCGCCCUGCCCGCCGUCACCUCCAGCUCUGGCCUCCUGUCACUGUCCAGCAUCCUCGCGUCACACGCGCACAUGGCCAAGGAGGACAAGAGCUCUCGUGACGGGGCUGACGGCCACCGCGAGGAUGAUGCCGACAAAUCCGACUAGCCUUCGCAGAGAUGGUUUGAUUCUGUCUCAUGAGUUCUGUAAAGAGGGGCGGAGCUCAGAAAGAGAGGAGGAGAGAUUGCCGAAACCUUCCUUUUCCUCUCUUCACAUCUGUCUCAUUGGAUUGGGUCUAAUUCAAUCUCUCUCUCUCUCUGUUAGUACAGCGAAUCUUUCCUCCGUAAUAUUGUUUGAUUCUUUUGCUUUUCAUUAGUGGUACUUGCUAAGGCUCUAUUACUAUCAUAUUUGGGGUUAGUGAUUUCAACAAACCCCUAACCCUAAGUAUUAAACUUCAGCAUGUAACAUACCUCAAAUCGUGUGUCUUGUUGAGGAGAGGUGUAUUAUUACUGUAAAUUACUUUUUAAUUUUUCCUGGCAGACAUUAAAUUGGUGGAAAAUAUCCCAUAGAUAUUGAUGGAGGGACCCAAACCAUAUCUAGAGACCUGAAUAUCAUAGAGUCUAGAUGGUGCACUCUUAUGAGUCACCCAAAAUGCACAGGCAACUCACUAGCAACCACCUAGUAACACCCUAGCAACUGCCCUGGCAACUACCCCAAACACAUAUUGCACAAACAACCACUCAAAACAACUAAACAACCACAUAGCAAUGCCCUAGCAACCAAUUUAAACGAUCUAGCAUUUGCAGAGACAAUGUUAGCCAACUAUGGUCAUAAGUUCCGUUGAACUUGCAACCAUAGUUCCUUUUGGGAAACGCUCCCCAGAACAACUUAGCAACCAAUUAAAAUGCCCAGUCAUUUGUGUAGCAAUGCACUAACAACCAUUUAGAACACUGUAGCAACCACAUAGUGACACCCUGGCAACCACCCAUAACACUCUGGUAGUGGCACAGAAACAUGCUAAAAACAUUCAGAACACCCUGGCAACCACCUAGUAACACCCUAGUAACCAAUCAGAAUGCUCUAGAAUUUGCAUAGCAAUGCACAAAACCAUUCAAAACAUUUUAGCAACCACACAGCAACACCCUGGCAACGACCCAGAACUCUCUAGUAGUGGCAGAGCGCUGAGCAGCAUGCGCAAAACAUUCAGAACACCCUAGCAACCACCUAGUAACACCCUAGUAACUGCAUAACUGCCCUAUCAAGCACCCUAAACGCAUAUUGCGCAAACAACCACUCAGAACAACUUAACAACCACAUAGCAAUGGCCUAGCAACCAAUUAAAACAAUCUAGCAUUUGCAAAGCCAAUGUAUAAGCAACAGUUCAGAACCCUGUAGCAACCACUCAGAACACUCAUAGCAACAUGCUCAAAGCAUUUAGAACACUGUAGCAACUGUACAACUGCCCUGGUAACCGCCCCAAACACAUAUGCGCAAACAGCCGACUUAUCAAUCACAUAGCAACACUCUAGCAACAAAUCAAAAGUAUCCUAGCAUUUGCAUAUCAAUGCAUUAACUAUUCAGAACACUGUAGCAACCACAGAGCAGUACCUUGACAACCACACAGAACACUCUAGUAUUGGAAUAGCAGCAUGCUAAAAACAUUCAGAACACCUUAGCAACCACCCAGAAUGGCCUAGCAAGCACCUAGUAACACCAUAGCAACUGCACAACUGCCAUUGCAACCACCCCAAACAUAUAGCAAUGUGCAAACAACCACUCAGAACAACGUAGCAACCACAUAUCAACGGCCUAGCAUUUGCAUAGCAAUGCACUUACAAAAACCAAUUAGAACACCCUAGCAACCAUAGCAAUUCCUUGGCAACCACCUGGAAUUGCCUAGCAUCUGAUUCUGAUGCUUUCACAUGUUACUGGUUAGUGAAGCACUUCAGUUGGCCAGCGGUCUGUUUAUGUCCUGACUAGUGGAUCAGAAAUGCUUGCAGUCAAUUCCUCUCUAAUCUAAUAUUCAGUGUAUUUCAUAAUAUCCUAUUCUAGGCUUAUCUAGAUAAGGGUUUAAACACUGCAGUGACCCUCUCACAUUAAUUGAUUUAAGUAUUUUAUAUAAAAAGAUGGAACGCGGUCUAUGUUUCCUAGAAAACAAGGUUAAAAAAAAAAAAGCCUUAAAGGGAUAGUUCACCCAAAAAUGAAACUUUUGUCAUUGCUUACUCACCCUCAAGUUGUUCCAAACCUGUAUGAGUUUCUUUCUUCUGUUGAACACAAAAGAAGAAUGUUGGUAACUAUACAGUUGACGGCACCCAUUGACUUCCAUAGUUGGAAGUCAAUGGGUGCCGUCACUGUCUGGUUCCAACAGGUUUGUAACAACAUUAGGGUGAGUAAAUGAUGACACAAUCUUUGGGUGAACUAUCCCUUUAAGAGCCCUUGAACUGAUCCAGCCCACAGUCUGUGUAAGAAAGUGACAGUCCUGCGAAAAACAAAGAGAGAUUCCCAAUCCGGACCCACAUCCUGAUAUUCUUUCAGUAUAAAAGGAAGUUUGUUUUUCUGUCACCCUGGUUUGCAGUGAAUGUGGUUCCAUGUGUGACCAGUAGGUGGCAGCUAGUGAGUGUGUUAAAUGAUUUGUGAACCGAAUGGCAUACUAUCAUACUACCUUUACUGUGUCUGCAGCUGUGCUUCUCAACUUCCAAGAUAACAAGAAAGUAUUUAAAUUAAUAAAUUAUUAUUGAUAUUAAAAUGAUUAAACUCUAAAAUCUAAAUUCAAUGCUGAAAUUAAUGUCCAUUAUAAUAUACUAUAAUACAAUAUUAUAGUUAAAAUAAAAUACUCAAUUUUCCCCCUCAAUAGUUGAUUUUAAUUGAAUAAGAUACAGUUCCUUAAAUUUCUGAUAUCAUAAAAUCCGUUGUGAUUAAUUUAAUAUCAAUAAUAAAAUUAAUAUUAAUAAAAACCAAGCAUUUUGUCAUAAUAGAAUUCAACAGUCGGGCUGCAGAAGUAAAAACUCCAUUAAUUUUCUCCAUAGGGAAAUUGAUUUUUUACGAUAACUUAUAAAACUUUAAAGACAGACCAGCUGUGAGCUACGAGGCUGUUAAUUGAUAGUAUUUGCUUCUGCUGAAGCCUUCAGCCCACAUUAUUUCAGCUUAUUUUUAAAAUAAUCGUUUAACAAUGGAAUUCGUGGUGAAAAACUACAUUACCCAUGAUGCUGUACAGAAAAUUCCACCAGAGUUCGAAACAAGCAAACCAUGCGAAAAUAUCUUGUUAGCUCCGCCCACUCCCAAGAAGCGAGUCGAUCUCCCUACGCUCUCAAAAUACUUUUAUAAUUUUAUUGUCCAAUUUUCAAAUACUUUUUUGCUUCAAAUCAAAGUUUGCAGUGUCAUUCAGCUGAUCAUGUGAUUUGCAAAAUAACCAUUUUUAUUUUAAACGGACACCACUUGCUGAAUGAGGUCGUCACAACAAUGUAGCACACAGUAUAUACUGCACAGUAAGUAGUAUGCUAGUAUUCCAUGCUGUUUUGAAGACAUGACUACCUAAGGUUGUACAUAUGCACUGGUGCAUUGUGGGUAUUUUCUAAUUGUGUGUUCCUGGACUUUUAUUAGAGUUUGUCCCAUAAUUCCUUUGUAUCUGUUCUGUUUUUCAAUACACCAGUGCUGAUGUAUACUACGAAACGCUCACCGUUGAGCCCUUGAUUCUAUACUUAUUUUAAUCUCUAAAUGACGUUUUCUGAUUUUUAUUCUUUCCGUUUUUGAUUUCUUUUGAUCUCAAAAACUGACGGCCAAUUUAUGUACAUGUAUAAAUAUAUCAAUAUACAUAUAAUUUUGUACACAUUUUUGUAUGUAUAAAGCUACAUUUAUGGUGUAUGUGUCCCAGAGGACAUUUAGCGCAGGUCUGAGAGGAUGUGCUGUGAUAUACAGAAAUCUAUAAUCAUUUAAUAGUCAAACGAUUGCGCUCUGAUUUGUUUAGACACACUGGCUGGUCUUGACCUGUUAUAGUUGCUAAACAGUCUAAGUUUCAUGAACAUCAGCUGACUAGUUUGUGAUUUAAACCGCCCACUGAUAUGGCCUGGUCUGAUUCCUGAAGCCCCGCCUCUCUCCAGACAUAAGCCCCUCCCUCUUCUGACAGUACUCAUCAAAUAUUUGCCACAUUUUGGAGCUUUGUAGUAGUUUUUUAAAAUUUGUGUGUGUGCGUGUUGUAUAUGACAUGAUGUACUUGAUGGAAAUGUAUGUUGUUUGUGUUGAUAAUCUGCUAUUAUAACUUCAUUUAAAGACGAUUGGAAGAAAAAAAGGUUUAAACAUUUACUAUACAUGAAUGAGAGAUUGAGCAGUAAGGAAGUAUUUAUGGUGCCUUACAAAUAAAAGAUUCAUUGGACCUUUA